AUGCGUACUUACGACGACGCCUUCAGCGGCCAGAAGAUCUACCCUGGCAAGGGCAAGCUGUUCGUCCGUGGCGACAGCAAGAUCUUCCGCUUCCAGCGUGGAAAGUCCGAGUCUCUCUUCCUUCAGCGCAAGAACCCCCGCCGCAUCGCAUGGACUGUUCUCUUCCGUCGCCAGCACCGCAAGGGUAUCUCUGAGGAGGUCGCCAAGAAGCGCACCCGCCGUGUUGUCAAGAACCAGCGUGCCAUCGUUGGUGCUUCCCUCGAUGUGAUCAAGGAGCGCCGCUCCCAGCGCCCCGAGGCCCGUGAGGCUGCUCGCAAGCAGGCCAUCAAGGACGCCAAGGAGAAGAAGGCUGCUUCCGCCAGCGCUAAGAAGGCUGAGAAGGCCAAGACCGCCGCUGCCAAGGGCGGUGCCCAGCGCAUCCAGAGCAAGCAGGGUGCUAAGGGCUCUGCUCCCAAGGUCGCCGCCAAGUCCCGCUAA